UCCCUCCCCUUCCUUCGACCUCCCCCAAGAACUCCCCCCGCUCUCUCUUUCUCUCAUCGGCCUUUCUUCCUCUCCAGGGCAAAGGCUCGGCAGCACAAGUGGUCGAGCUACCGCCGCAAUGGCGCGAUCCGUCGCCUGCGCCUUCUUCUUCGACGCGGAGCCGCUCCGCGAGCCCGAGAAGCACGCGCUGGACGCGUGCGCGCUCUGCGCGAAGCCGCUGGCCCGCAACAGCGACAUCUUCAUGUACAAAGGCGACACGCCCUUCUGCAGCGAGGACUGCCGGUACGAGCAGAUCGAGCACGACCUCGCAUGCGCGAGGCAGCAGGCCAGCGCCAGGCGGAAGCAGCAGCAGGCGCAGGCGCAGCGCACGCCGGCGCCGGCGCCGGCUCCCCGCGCGUCUGCCGUUUCCGCCAAGGCGGACGUGUCCGUGGCGAGCUAAUCGGGCGGCGCCGGCCGGAUCGUGUAGAUAGCUAAUUAAGCUAGGAAGUGCCUUGCCUUGCCUUGGGUUGGAACUUGGAAGAAGCGAGACGCGGGGGAAUCGGAGGGAGUUGCUCUGUUGGGCGGCCGAUCGGUUGAUAUGGUCGGAGCCUCGGAGGCGGAUGUGAGCAAGGCAAUCGAACUGGAAUCACCGUGGGGUCAAUUUUGGCUUCGGCGGCAUGCGCUGAUGCGAGGAUCACCCGUUUUGUUUUUGCCCUUUUGAUCGGCUCCUUUUGGGUUUGGGUAUGGGUAUGAGAGAGAGGCAGUGCUGUGUUGUGCAAGAGCACUGCUGCUGUGUAAUUAUUCAAGGCAAUCGAUAUAAGUUUCUAUUUGCCAAAUUUUGAGCGAGAUCAGAUCAUACAUGUCUCCUCUUUUCGAUGAUAAUCUGUGAAACGAUGCAGA